AUUCUUUCACGUUGGUCGGUGAAAAAGGCUAAAAUUUUAUCUUCCCAGAUAAUGGUUGUCACUUAAUUUGAAGAAUUUUACCAGGACGCAUUAAAUUUGUUCUUUAAGAGGGUUGCCACAAGAAUGCAUGCACUUCUUUAAACUUACGAGUUCAACAAUAAUAGUGUAAACUUUUGUAACGUUUGAUAAAUUUUUAGUUCAUCGCGUGACCGAGGUGUGAUGAUCAAAAAGGCAAAAACAUGACAAGAUUUAACAUGAAUUCGCUGUUUUUUGCUGAGGAUCGAUUGGUUACUGGUUAGAAUACGAUACGAUAGAACGGAAAAACUUUACCUGUACUUUAACUAUAAGAAUUUAGUUAACAAUAAGAUUAGAUGGUAACAACAAAAUACACUUACAAAUACAUAUGCACAACGCUGAAAUUUUGCUAUGGCUUGAAAUCAGUUUAUGUUAUUACUCCAUUAAUAUGUUAUAAUUUCCACAUUCUGGCCAUCACACAACUAAAAUUCCAAAACAAAUCUUUUCACAAAUUUGUACAUGAACGAUUAUACGAAGGGAGCCCAUCUCAACUUGGUGCACUUGUGAACUCCACGCGAGACAUUACACGCGAGAGAAGGGAAAUAUGAAGAAUUAGCAAAAAAGUACCCCCAAAUGUGUUUUGUCUCUUGUGUGUUUGAUUACUGCCCAAAGUUUGAUAUUUCAACGGAAUAAUUAACGGUUUGGACUUAGUCAUGUUGCCAAAAUGCUCCCUUUGUGGUAAAGUUGUAUACCCGGUAGAACAAUUGAAAUGUCUUGAUCAGGUCUGGCACAAGAAAUGCUUUAAAUGUGUCGUGUGUGGAAUGACUUUGACAAUGAAAAACUAUAAAGGAUAUAAUAAGAAGCCAUACUGUGGAGCACAUUAUCCUUCUACGAAGUUCACAGUUGUUUCUGAUACACCCGAAAACUUACGUUUGGCUAAACAGUCAAAGCAUCAAAGUCAAGUUGAGUAUCACAAGAAGUUUACAGAAGAAAAAGGACAUCACACAGCAGUUGCCGAUGAUCCUGAAACAGAGAGAUUAAAGAAGGUUACAAAACAGGCCAGCCAGGUUCAAUAUACGGCAGAAACAAGGCAAACCGCAAAGGCAAAGCACAUUGAAGAAGAAGAACCAUACCGAACCGAGAUUUUACAAGGGAACCACUUCACAUCCGAUGAUAAUUUUGCACCAGUUAAUGUUAUAAUACCAGUUUCGGUAGAAUCCAUUCCUCUACCCAAACAGGAAAUAAGAUACAUGGCAAUUUACGACUAUGAUAAAGCCGAAGACGAUGAGAUAACUCUGUGUGAAGGUGACAUGAUCACAAAUGGAGAAAUUGUUGCGGAAGGAUGGAUGCUUGGUACAAACAUGCGAACAGGCGAAUAUGGGAUGUUGCCUUCAAACUACGUCGAACAAAUAUAACAUAAAAGAUGAAACAAAUGAUUUUAUGUAGAAGUAGUUUAAUAAAUGGAUAUGCAGCUUCAAUUAAUUAUUCAAAACAGUCUUUUUAUUGUCAUGGUUAAUAAUUUUAAUCGACAGUAAAUUCGUUAGACAAUAAAACUCCCCGUCAAAGCAAUCAAUUGCCCCAAUGGGAUUCAUGCUUGUGAAAACUAUUAUUAAAACAUUUAAAUAUUUGA